AACAAUUUAAAAUGCAUGUGUUUUUAACAGAUUUAUUCACACUAAUGGAAUCACUACAUUCGAUUGAUUUGAAAAAUGAAAGCAAUAGAUUGAGUACAUUUGUUGGUUGGCCAGUAUCAUUUAUCAUUAGUCCAAAAAGUUUAGCAGCUGCUGGAUUCUAUUAUACCAAACAAACUGAUAAAGUUAAAUGUGCUUUUUGUAACAUUUGUAUUUGCCACUGGGAAUUCGGUGACAAUGCUGUCGAUGAACAUAAACGUCACAAUCCUGACUGUAGUUUUAUCCUUAGUCAAGACUGUGGGAAUAUACCUAUUAUCGAAGGAAUUCAGUUGAGAGGAGAAUUUGUUGAAAAUCAUAAAGAAACUGGUGAACCAAUUGAUAUUCAAGGUUUGGGUGUAAGAGCUCAUAGGGUAGCUUUUCAUUUAAAGUAUAAUUCAUUCAGUGCUCGAUUGAAUUCAUUCAGAGGUUGGAAUAAUGAAUCACAAAAACCCGAAGACUUAGCUACUGCUGGAUUUUUUUUUACUGGUAGUAAUGAUGAAGUUCGCUGUUAUUACUGUGAUGGAGGUCUUCAAAAUUGGGAGGUAGCUGAUAAUUCAUGGGUUGAACAUGCUAAAUGGUUUCCAAACUGUGGCUUUUUAAAUUUAGUAAAAGGAGAAAAAUUCUUGGAUGGAAGUUUGGUGGAAAGAUUUAAUGCACUUUUAAGUAGACCUAGGCCCGAUGAUUCAACAGAGGUAURACAAAAUACAAAUUUGUAUAGUGUAUUUACUAUAAAUUACAUGGAUAUUUGAAAAUCGCUGAUUCACUUAACAAAACAUACUCAUUGUUUCAAAAGUAUUUGUAUUAUAUUACAGAAUUUAAACUCAUCA